AUGUCUGUUCUUGAUCUUUUUAGAAAUCAGCAAAAGGAAGAAGAUGAGGUUGAGGACCUAAACCAAAAUAGUGACACUGAAGCUGCAAAAGGAGACGAGUCACUUAAUGGACUUAUUGUUGCUGAGCCUAAUGACCAAAUUAUACAACAAAAUGAAAUUAAAGAUGGAAAUAUUGAAAACAGUUGUUUAUUUAGUCAUUUUUCAAUAGAUGAAAUAUAUGGUUGGCAGUCUUUUGUUAGCAAAAAAGAGUAUGACGAAGUUUGGCCAUCAAUUAAAGAACAAGUAUCAUCAGGAGUUCGGUCAUAUGAAAAAUACUCAAAGAAUAAGAAGUGA